CCGAAAAUAUAAUCGUUGACGGCUUGGCAUCGGAUUCUGGUCGUAGAGCCCGGAGCCUCAUCCCUCAAGGAGUCAAGCCCGAAGGAUGCCUGCCUGCAACUUAAUCUCCCGUGCCUCUGGUAUACAUCGUGCAGCACGAAGUCUGUGACUCUGUUAUAUGUUUGGUAACUGAUGGUAACCCCCUUCCUCUUUCUUAACUUCCUUUUUGGCUACCCCGCUCUCUUCGACUCUUGGCCUGUCCUGUCCACCUCCGUUCCAUUCGUUGUUUCCCUGCACUGCCUGCAAAGUCCAGACAGGACCUCGGGAAUCCAGGAUGUCGAGCACCGCGGCACAGCAACUUGGAGAGCGCCAGCCCGGUCCAUCCCAGCAAGCCCAACCACCGUAUCACAGGAUUUGGAGGCAGCACGGCGAGACUCUGAAGCGGACCACGUUCACCAGUGCAGGGCAGCUGAGGCCAUGGGAUGCCAAGGAUUUUGACAUGAUAGUCGCGCCGCUGGAUGGCACACGCAAUGACAGCGGCACAGAUAACGGAUACCAGACCCUUGUCAAUCUCUACGAGAUACCAGACGAGUUCGUGUGGGAGCGUGAGCAAAGCGUGACGCACUCCUUCGGACGUCGGAUAGGAGAUGGGGGGCGUAUGAUGCUUUGGAUGCACUUUCUGGUCGAGAUCCCCCGGACAGAAACCCCCGAGCGUCAACCAGACUGGCUGAAAUGGGGCUUUUUGCUGAGCUGGCGGCCCAAAGUGCAAGCACGAAUACCAGACUGUCAUGCUGGACCUAGCCCGGAGCCCGUUACGGAAUAUACGAUCGAGCUCAUCGUAUUCCAACCACCGAUAGACACUUUCAAGCGACUCUUUGACUUCGUGCGGUCUGCGCACUGGACGGACGCCACCUUUGACCCCUAUGUGCUGGUCGAUAUUGCGCUCGUGUCCUGGUAUCACCGCAUCGACAGGGUCGCUUGGACGGUGACCGAGCUAAUCCGCAAAGAUGAGGUGGACAUAUUCGAGCGAGCACGAAUGCUGCCGUCAAUUGCCGACUCAACCGUUACCGACCUCGACCUACACAGGAUUCACACCAACGCAAAGAACGCAAUCUUCAUGAUUGAAGCAUUGGACGCCGCCAUCAGAAUAGUCGACCUGGCCUUGUCGGACCAUGAACUAUCCGGCCAAGGGGGAGGAGGCAAGGUGUGGCAGAAUACUCAUCUGCUCUUACAACACCGCCGUGAACUAUUCCACUCAACACGUCUAAGGACCGUCAGCUCCCAGGCCAGAAUCAAGAACACAGUGGAUCUCGCUUUCCACAUCAACACAGCACACGACAGCCGAGUCAAUCUGGCAAACAGCAAAAGCGUGCGCCUCAUCUCCAUCGUCGGCCUCGUCUUCCUCCCCUUCAGCACCAUCACGUCCAUCUUCGGCACCCAGUUCUUCACUUCGGGCGAUCAGCACAUGAGCGUGAACCCCGACUUCUGGUUGUUGUGGCUCAUCGCCGUCCCUGUGACGCUCCUGAUCCUGGGCGUCUGGCGGGCCGGCGAGCGGGAUACCCUCAAGUGGCCGUUUGGGUCGGCAGAGUUGUUGCCUCUGCCGAGUUGGCGGCCUGCUGCUCGGAAAGGUGCCGGUGCGACAAGUCGGGGCACGGCUAUUCUCGCGGACGGGAUCGAGCUGAGGAACAUGGAAGCCCAGAUAGUUUGACGAUUCGUGGUAAUAACCAUUUCUUUGUCACAAUAUGAUUUUCUGACUUGAGAAACAAUUUGGCCCCCAUGGAUAUCACAUGUGCAGGCACCAGGUGAGACUCUGAGGCACAGUUGAGCCACGGAGGGUAUAAGCACACCGACUCAGUAGGACAAAGCUCUUCUCGGGUCAUUUACAUCAUCAGCAUCCAACCUGCCUCUCUCACAACACCACAUGUCAGCCACCAUAGUUCCUUCUCUUACAUCCAAUGCUGGUAUCAGCAACACCGCGUA